GUGACUGCAGCCCAUGGAUUGUGUCACUUGCUUGGCUACCAGCACAACACAAAGGCAGAAUGGCUUCAGAUGUACCAGAAGGAAGCGGAAAUCCUGGAGGAGCUGAACCGGCUCACAGGCACCAGCCUCCGGCCUCUCACUGCUGGGCUCUUCUGAGGGAGGGGCUGAGCCACCACCAGACCACCCUGGACAUGGUGGCACACCGCCCUGGCCUCCUCAUGCUACUGCUGCUGGGUCUGGCCACCCUGGCCUUCCCACCACGUGCUGCUGCCCAGUCACUGCCCGCUGCCCUCCGUGCUGGCCAUGCUGCCACCUCGCUGCCCGCCUCCGCUGCUGCACCACGCACACGGUAUCUUCUGUAUGAUGUAAAUCCUCCUGAAGGGUUCAACCUUCGCAGAGAUGUCUAUAUUCGUAUUGCUUCACUUAUGAAGACUUUGCUGAAAAGCGAAAAUUGGGUGUUAGUUCUGCCACCCUGGGGCCGUCUCUAUCACUGGCAGAGCCCUGAUAUCCUUCAGGUCCGAAUCCCUUGGUCUGAGUUCUUCGAUCUCCCAAGCCUUAAUAGGAACAUCCCUGUCAUUGAGUAUGAGCAGUUCCUUGCAGAGUCGGGUGGGCCCUUUAUUGAGCAGAUUUAUGUCCUGCAAGGCUACGAGGAAGGAUGGAAAGAAGGAACAUGGGAAGAAAAAAUAGAUGAGAGGCCUUGCAUUGAUCAGCUUAUGUAUUCCAAAGACAAGCAUCAGUACUACAGGGGAUGGUUCUGGGGUUAUGAAGAAACACGAGGUCUGAAUGUCUCCUGCUUGUCUGUUCAAGGAUCUGCCUCUGUUGUAGCCCCCGUCCUUCUGAAGAAUACCUCAGCACAGUCAGUGAUGUUGGACAGAGCUGAAAACCUUCUUCAUGACCACUAUGGAGGGAAAGAUUAUUGGAAUACCCGUCGUAGUAUGGUAUUUGCUAAACAUCUCCGUGUAGCAGGAGAUGAGUUUAGAAACAAGUACCUUCAAUCCACAGACGAGGCAGACAGGACUCAUUACAAUGAGGACUGGACACAAAUGAAGGUUAAGAUGGGCACAGCUCUAGGUGGUCCAUACCUUGGGGUUCAUCUCAGAAGGAAGGAUUUCAUCUGGGGUCACAGAGAAGAUGUGCCUUCCCUGCACGGAGCAGCAAAGAAAAUCCACAGCCUCUUGAAAACACAUAAACUUGAAAAAGUUUUCAUAGCCACUGAUGCUGUUGAGGAUGAGAUUGCAUUGCUCAAGAAACUGGUGCCUGAGAUGGUGAGGUUUGAGCCUACCUGGGAGGAGCUAGAACUGUACAAAGAUGGGGGAUUGGCUGUGAUUGACCAGUGGAUCUGUGCACAUGCUAGGUAUUUUAUAGGCACCUCAGUUUCAACAUUUUCCUUCCGGAUUCAUGAGGAAAGAGAGAUCUUGGGAUUUGAUCCAAAAACAACUUACAAUCGAUUUUGUGGUGAAAAAGAGAGAAACUGUGAGCAGCCAACUCACUGGAAAAUUGUAUACUAGUAUACAGAGAAAUCCAAGGACUUUAUACUGGCGAGCUCAAAAGAAAAAGGAAAGUCUAUGGGGAAGAACAUCCUGUCAGUGAAACUAGAACUCAGUCCUCAACUUUCUUCUAUGAUUCUUGCUGUUUACUUGCUUUGGAAUACAAGCAAUAUUUAACCUCUUAUUCAGGCUCUGAUGGGAGCAAAGAAAAUGAAGUUAGCCUUGGAUUCAGUUCUCAGUGUAACUGUGGUGACAGGACAAUACUGGACACUGCACUGGAAAUUGGAAAGGCAAAGCUUUGCUCUGAAAUCGUGAGUUAAGUCAAAGUUCUCUUUGAGGAGGACAUCAAAGUUUAACAUCUACAGGUAUAAAUAGCUGUAGUCUGCACUGCAUUUCUGUCUUUACCUGGUUAUUUUUCGUUCAGCUCAUUGCUUGCCUCUGAUUGCAGAAACUACAGCUCAUCUACACUAUGUGAGUUGCAGAUUGUGCAUAAACUCUGCAAUUUCCUAGGAAGAUCUUCCCUUUUCAGACAGCAAUUUGUCGGCACUCAAGUUUUUUUAUGCAAUCAGUACUCAGUAAUAAUUCUGUGUGAGAACCAGCUGCUUUUCCUAGCAAUCUCAGUGGACCUGCACUAAGAGAGGCACCAAGAUUGGGUUUGGAUGGUGGUGAAAGAAACAAAGGAAGGUUUUCCUCAUCCUUCACAGGGUCAGUGCAGUCUGACUGAUGUACAUACCUUCUGGGUAUUACUCAGAUGUUCAACUAACAGAGACUAGUUACCAUGCGCAGUCACUACACUGUGAUGCUUUGCUAGGGAAUGUACUGAAAGGCCUUUUGUGUUUCCAUGUCAGUUAAAUGGAUUGUCCCACUAGUUCAUCAAAGGAAUUUUUCCUGCAUUUCUGCUGUCAUUUUUCAAACGGUAACAAAGUGAGGAAAAUAACAGAUAAUAAAGGUCAUUGGAUCUCAAAAUGAUGUUUAUAGGGAAAGCAGGAAUCUUGUAGAUAGCACUGAAAGAAACCUCAGAAAGAGGAUUCAAGAGGUGAGGCAGGCACUUUUCCUAAAUCCAGUUUUACUGGAUUGUUGCUCUUCUGUUAGUGGACCUUUCACUUACUUUUUCCUUUGGUUUCAAUAGGAGUAUAGAUAUGGUCCUUACACAGCGUGCACUGGGUGUUUCAUAGGUGCUUCCAGACAGUGAGAUUGCUUUCAUCUGUGCAAUUGCAGUGAGAGCCACAAAGACAUCUCAGACAGCAGUGGCUGCAGCUCUCCUGUUUUUACCAGUUGUUUAUUUUAUCUCUGUGCAGCAGCUGACUCUCACUUGUUACUAAGUGAGGAACCAAGCAUUUCAAAGCAGUGCCUUUGCCCAUGAAGCUAAGUGUUCUCAUUUAGCCUGCAUGCCAUGUAAAGCAGUAGUGGCAUUUUAUAUAUGAGUACCUCAGUUCCUUAAAAAAAAUAAAAAGCUUUCUAGCACCA